AUGAAUAUAUUUAAUUAGCAUCAUUUUACUCCAGAGACUCUAUAAUUAUUACAAAAUUUAAAUUUAAGAGAUGGUUAAGUUGCAAAAAAACUAAUAUAAUUAUUAUGUCAUAGUAACGAAAUCUAAUUUCCAACAAUAUAAAAUACAAAAAUCAAAUCAAAUGAAUAUAUGGAAAGUUUGAUAUAGAAACCUAGAAAUAUAUUUUAACAAUGCUCUGAAAAGAUAUAUGACAUUUUUGGAUAAAUGGAUAAUCAGAUAAUAAUUAAUGCUAUAUUGGAUCAUUUACAUGAACAUUCUUGUAUUAAUGUGUUAAUGUUAUUUUAUAAAGGUUUAUAAAACUCUGGUUUAAAAUAGUAAAUCUAUUAGGAUGGGUAAUAAUAAAUAUAUAAUUUUAGUUACUUAACAGAAAUUAUUGAAAAUUUUGAAAAUGCUUUAAACUCUCCUAAUUCAAUCUAUCUAAAAUUAUCCAAAAGUACUACAGGUGAUUUUCAUAUGAAUUUCACUUAAUUCUUAUUAACACAUUAUCCAACAGUAUAUUCAAAAGAGUAAAAUCUUUAACCAAUUUAAUAAAUUUAAGAAAAAUCUUUUUAAGUUGAACCUUAAAUAUAAUAAAAUAAGAACUUUAAAAUUCCUCCUUUAAAAUUACCUUAAAAUAGUUUAGAGAUUGUAGGUAUAAUGACUCGUUCAACAAGAAGAGCAGAUCCUUUUAAAUCUUAUUCUACAUGUUCAAAUAGAUUUUCACAUUCUAUUGAUUCUGCAAUCAAAUUUACAAGUGGUUCUUAAGCAAUUCAUAAAGAAGAAGAUUAAUCUUAUAAAUUGAAUGCUAAAGAAGAGUAAAUAUUUAAAAAAUUAAUUUAGAUUAUAAAAUUUAGCAUAAUUAUUGGGUAGUUAUUGUUUAACUUAAGAUUUAUCAUGUUUACUCUUAAAAUAAAGAAGAUAAUAAUUAGAAUCAUUAACAAGAUUGGGAAUUAAUAAAUGGCCUAAUAUAUUAAAUUAAUGUGAAGAUCCACUUGCUUAAUCAUUUGAAUAGGAUUAAAAUAAAUAUUAAAAAAGUAAUAAAAUAUGUAGACUCUGGGGAAAUAUUCUUUAUCUCAUUUUGAAGGAUAUCAAAAAAAUACAAUAUGAAUUAUGUCCAUAUUCUACAAUUUUAAAUUAUUUGUGUUCGAACUCUUUUUAAAAAAAUAAAAUAUCAUCAAAACAAAUAUGUUAAGAUUUUGAUACAGAUAUAUAUUCAAAGAAAUAACUCUGUGAUUAAAGUAAAUUAAAAUCAGAUAAUGGAUUAAUAAGUGAAUAGAAGAUUUAUUUUUUAAUUUUAGAUUUAUUUAAUAGUGACUAAUAGCAUAUUAAAAUAUAAUAAGAUUCAUAUAAAGAAUAAUCAUUUGAAAUUGAUGAAUCAGAAAGAAGUAUAGAGGUAUGAUAAUAUUAAUGUUAUUAAGUCUCCUUACACAGUCGCAAAUAUUCCAGAAAUGAUGAUACCUGUUAAAAAUGAAUUGCAAAGAGUUGUAUGCAAUUAUCGACAUUCAAAUACUACAUAAUUCUCCUUUUUAAAACACAUUUAAUAUCGUUUCAAUUUCAUUCUAAAUACGAUGAAUAUGGAUGAUAAUGCUUUUUAUGAAUUAGAAUAUGAUUUAUUGGCAAUUCUCGAGAAGUAUUUGAGUUAUACUCAUAACAGAAUUUUGUUGUCUCAAUUUUUAGACUAUAUGCUUGAGAUAUUAGUAAUGAUAAAGAGGUAAAUUAUUGAUAUUAUUAAUUGUCAACUAUCUUCAUCUCGAACUCCUAAUCAAUCACAAUAUAUAUCGAAAUCUGCUAAACAUUAUUCUUAAACUAUUACUAAUAUGUUUAAAUCUAUUAAUAUAUUUGAAACAUCUCCAGAUUAAAAAUCAACUCAACUCUAAACUUAGUUAUUUUAAUAACAAUAAUAAUUUUAACCUUCCUAAUUAAAAUUUUCCUCCUAAUAAUAAUAAUAAUUAUAAUAACAAUAAUAAUAAUAACAUUCAAAUUUAAAAUUUAAACCAUAGAAGCCAUUCAUUAAAAAAUAUCCUUAAAUUAUUUCCACUUAUAUUAGCAUUAUAUCAAGAUUAUUUUUAAGAGCUAUAAAUGAUUCCUCCAUUAAAUUUUUACUUAAUGUAUUUGUGAAUGAAAUUUUCUUAGAAAUGAUCAAGAAUUUUAGUAGUUAUAUAUUUUAAGAACUGAAUUAAAAUAAAGAAGAAAAUUUUGAAUUACAUGCUAUGAGAAUAUUAUUAUUCUAUGAAUCUAUACUUAUAUUAUUUUAAAAACAUGAUAAAGAAUAUAAAUAAUAAGUGAGAAUAUUUUAAGGAUUUUUAAAUUAAUUUUUAAAAAUACUUCAAAAAUUUAUAGAACAUCAUACUUAUUUAUUACAAAAACCAUAAGUGAAGAGAGUUCAUGUUUAUAAAAAAGCUUUUGAAGUUAUUGGAAUAUCUUUUUAAUAUCCAAAUGAAGAAUUAUCAAAUGUUAUGAUCAGAUAUUGCUAUGUAAAUUUUAUAAAAUUGUAUUCCUAAAGUAAUUUGAAUGAUCUGAAGGAAAUAAAUAUGAAAAUCUAAGAGUUCAAUCAAAAGUAGGAAUUAAGCUCUAAAUAAGAUGAAAAAUAGUCAAAAUAAUUUAGUUAAAUAUUUAUGAAUUUAUAUAUCAAGUGUUUGUUAUGCAUAGCCUAAAAUAGAAGUGAAGAUAUUUCAAGAAAGUUCUAUCAAUAUAGAAUAGUUGAGUUUCUAACUUAAGAAAUCGAUUUAGAAUUUGACAUCACAUAAAUUAGAGAGAAGCCCAUAAAUCAUUAAUCUUUAAUGCAACAAUAAGAAGUAAAUUAAUAUUGAUUUUUUUAAUUAAAUAGUAAAAUAGUUAAAUAGAUUCAUCCAGUAAUAAUGAGAGAUUAAGUUCCAAAUUAAGUGAUAGACCUAAUGUAAAAUUAAAUUUAUAAUCUGUGCAUAAAUAGUAAUUAGAAUAAAUACAAGAAGAAAAUCAAAAGUAAACUAAAAAAAAUAGUUAAAUUUUAUUAAAAAAGGUUUUGGUUCCAACUUUGGAUUUAGAAGGGAAAUUGAAAACAGAUAAUUUUUCAAGUUAAUCCUAUAGCCAUAGUCCAUAAUUUAAUACAUCAUCAAAACAACAGUAGAAUUUAACUGUAUUACAAAAAGUUUAACCUGACGAGGUUUAAUAAAAUCAUAAAAGAGGUAAUUCAAUGCCAUUUAAAUCAGAAAUAUGUAUUCAAGCUUAAUUAUCAGAAAGUUAAAGAAGAAUGCUAUUACAAAAAAAUAUAAACCUAAAUAGUAGUGAUAAGAAAUAACCAGUUCCAAAACUAAAUUUACCAAAUUGUUAACAGGAGAAAGAAUUACAGCCAUAGUAAUAGUAGUAAUAACUUAAACUAAAUAUUUGUAAUUAAGCAAAAGAUGAUUUAUUUUAUUUAAGUGAGAGAAAGUUAAGAAAAAUAUAUUCAGAUGAAGAGUUGCAUGCUAAUUGUUUAUCUUUAUUAAUUUGUUUAUUAAUAAAACCAAUAAGAGGAAUAUUAGAUGAUUUAUAUUGUUCUUAACAUCCAAUCAUAAAUGGGAAACCCAAUAUUCUAUUUUUGUUGCAUCAUCACUUAAAUAAUUCUUAAAAUUAGAAUGUAAUUAAAUUAGUUUUAUAAAAAAUCACAAAUAUUAAGAUAAUAAGAUUAUUAAAGUUAUUAUGUAUUUAACUGUUUGAUAAGACACAAUAUACAGAUUGGUAGAAAAUAGCAUCUGGUGCCUAUGGAGUAAUUUAUCAAUGUAAAACUAAUUUAAAAGAGCCAGAGUAUGUGGCAAUUAAAUAAAUGGGAGUUCCAAAAAGUAUAUAUGAAGUAAUUAUUGUUAAUAAUUAAUUUAAGAGAUGUGUGCUAUAUGGUUUAUUUACAGAAAUAGCAUGUAUGGAAAAUUUUAGAUUAAAUCCUCAAGUUGCUACACUCUAUGAUUAUGGAGUAACUUCAAGUGAUUAUAUAAUUGUAAUGAAAAAAUACCCUUAUUCAUUGAAAGAAUGGAGAUAAUAAUAAAAAGGAUCUCUUUAGGAAAAUCUUGGAGUCUAUUUAAGUUUAUAUAAGUAAGUUUUAUAGGCAGUAUAAAUGUUACACCAUCACAAUAUCACACAUUAUGAUAUUAAAGCAGAUAAUAUUUUAUUAGAUGAUAUGCAUGUUGUUCUAACAGAUUUUGGAGAAUCUAGCAUAUUUAUUAAUGAAGAAGAUGAAUAUUGUGUUAGAAAUAGAGGUACAGAAUAUAUAAAAUCUCCUGAAAUGCUAACUUUAACUAUUAAUUCAAAAAAAGAAUAAGAUACAUAUGAUAGACGAAAGAAAGUAGGAACAACUAGAUCCUCUGAUGUUUGGUCUCUUGGUUGUUUAUUAUUUGAAAUUUUGACAGGAGAAUUAUUAUUCUAUAAAAAAGAAUGGGUUUAAUUUUAUUUAUAAGUAACUUAACCUACUGAACAAUUGAUUUCGGAAGACAAAUAAUAGGUAUUUUAAAUCUAUUAUAUUAGUUAUUAGGAAAUAACUUUUAUAUAAUAGAUUUCUUGAAAUAUGUCUUAGUUCGAGAUUAAAAACACAGACCAAAUAUUGAAAGUGUUUAAAAACGAUUUGAACAUGUUCAUGCAUUAUUAGUAACUAAUAAUGAAUAAAAAAUUACUUAAUAAACUUUACUUAAUACAAAAUCAUUUGAUCUACUACUUGAAGAUUAUCAUAAACUAGUUUAUUAUAAUGAUAAAAAAGUUGCAUUUGAAUAAACUUAACCAAUUCAUUUAUCCUUCUUCAAAGUUACUCAAGAGCUCUUUAUUUGUGACUAAAACUAUUUUAAAUUAAAUUAAGAAAAGUAAGAUAUUGAUACUUAUAUAGAUUAAUUGAGAUGGGAAUUACUAAUGUAAUUUCAGAUUCAUAAUAAUUAAAAGCUUCUGAUCUCUACUAAUUUUAAUACAUAAUCUUCUCAUUAGAAAAUAUUGCAUAAUUACCUAAUUAUGUAAAGGCUGCUUAACUUGUUCCUCAUAUGUUAGAUUAUCUUAGAUAAAUUCUUUUACAUAAAGGUAAGCUUUUAAUAGUAGAAAAUCAUUCAUCUUAUUUAAGAUAAGCAUUGCUUUUAACUCUUAGUUAUUUUUUUAGAAUCAAUGCUUAUGAAGUGCAUAACAUCUUUAAUAAUUAAUUAUUGUUCUUUAAUAUUUCAAAUUUACCUAUUUUAAAUAUAUUAUCCAUUUAUUCUAAUCAAUUAACUUAACAUUUAUUUACUUAUCCAAGAUUACAAUGUAUUUGUGGUUGUGUAACAUUUAUUCUUAAAAGAGAUUUUAAUGAUGAAAAGAGAACGAAAAUCUUAUAAUGUCAUUGUCAUGGCAAUAUGCUUUGUAAUGGAGGAGCAGGAAUGACUAAAGGAUGUUCUCAUUAUUUAAAGUUUUUGAGAGUAAUUUAUAUCUUAUUGUUUAGAAACGAUAUAAAAUAUCUUGGGAAUUCAUCAAAUGGGGAUAAAUUGAUUUAGAAGCAUUUCUUAUUGGCCCUUUUAAUAAAGGAUCUAUUAGAUAAGAAAGCAAAAUUUAAAUAUUAUUAUCCUCUAUGGGAUCUAAUCAUAAUUUAGUGAAUAAUUAAUCAACUACUGAUUGGAAUGUUUAUUAAUGUAAUAAAUGUGAUAUGUGGAUGAUUGCAUAUAAUAGGUAAUCACAUGAAUUAUUAGUUAUUAUGAAUAAUUUAUACAGAAAAAAUCAUAAUAAAUUUUUCAGUGAUAAAUUUAAAUUACCAAAUCUAAAGAAUUUUAGUCUUCUAGAAUUGAAAUGA